CGAUAAUUACAUUUAAAUCAGAUUUCAAUAACGAAUAUCAAAUAUUAUACAACAUUACAUUAAAUAAGAAUUUGCGCGUAGUUCUAUAAAACGAUUUAAGAUAAUAUUAUUAUAGAUGUUUAAUCAAUUUUCAAUUUUUACAAGUUGCACGAUAAUCGUCUAUGAUAGAGAACGACUCUUAAAGGACCUUAAUAAGAAGAUAUUGUAAUACUUUUGUCCGAAUCUUGAUAGAAGGAAGAAGAACAAGUAGAAAUUAUUUCUUUUAAAAUGGAUAAACCAGUUUCGUCGGAUAUCGUUUUAAUAGCGGGUAAUUCACAUCCAGAGUUGGCUAAUCUAAUCGCCAAUCGCCUUGGUGUAAAGCAUGGUGGAUGUUCCGUAUACCAUAAAUCGAAUCGUGAAACUAUGGUUGAAAUAAGUGAUUCUGUACGAGGUAAAGAUCUAUAUAUAAUUCAAACUGGUACAAAAGAUGUUAAUAAUAAUAUAAUGGAGCUGUUGAUAAUGGCAUACGCAUGUAAAACAUCAUCUGCAAAAAAUAUUGUCGGAGUAAUUCCUUAUUUACCUUAUUCUAAACAAUGUAAAAUGCGUAAGCGUGGUUGUAUAGUUUCCAAACUCUUAGCAAAGAUGUUAUGCAAAAGCGGAUUAACACAUAUAAUUACUAUGGAUUUGCAUCAAAAAGAAAUACAAGGCUUUUUUGAUGUUCCUGUAGAUAAUUUAAGAGCCAGUCCCUUUUUAUUACAAUAUAUUCAAGAAUCUAUACCUGAUUAUCACAAUUCUGUAAUCGUUGCAAGAAAUCCAGGAAGCGCAAAAAAAGCAACUAGCUAUGCAGAAAGAUUGCGUCUAGGAAUAGCAGUUAUACAUGGAGAACAAAGAGAAGCUGAAUCGGAUAUGAACGAUGGACGUUAUUCUCCACCAGCACUUGCUUCAAGAACGAUGGAGGUAGGCGUGGGUGUACCAAUGCAUCCUGCUAAAGAAAAGCCUCCAAUUAAUGUUGUAGGAGAUGUGGGAGGACGCAUUGCCAUUAUGGUGGAUGAUAUGAUAGAUGAUGUACAAUCUUAUGUAGCUGCCGCUGAAGUACUUAAGGAAAGAGGCGCAUAUAAAAUCUAUGUGUUAGCUACUCACGGUUUGCUCAGUUCUGAUGCACCUAGACUUAUUGAAGAAUCACCAAUUGAUGAGGUUGUUGUUACCAAUACCGUACCUCAUGAUGUACAAAAAAUGCAGUGUCCAAAAAUCAAAACUGUUGACAUAAGCAUUUUACUAGCUGAAGCUAUUCGGCGCAUUCACAACAAAGAAUCAAUGUCUUAUUUAUUUAAAAACGUUACAUUAGAAGAUUGAAAAUAUGUAGAUAUUUGUAUAAUUUACAGUCAAAAUCUAAAUUUAGCAAAGAAAAAAUUCAAUUUCAAUUAAAUGGUUGAAUACUUCAUAUUAUUCAAUAUUGGGACAAUGUAAAACAUAUCUACGUCUUAAUUAUGCAUACUAUUUUUAUAACUCACAAAUUAUUUCUUAAAAAGGAUGAAAUAUUUUAAUUACCAACAGAUGUAAGUUUAUUUCUUACACUUGACAUUUCUAAAAUUUGAUAAAA